UAAACUGUCAAUGUCAGUUUUACGAACAAUGCGGGCCGCAGACAUGUUGUAAAUAUUGGCGGUUUAUUGAAGCGGUGUUUGUGUUUUAUACAAUCGGUAGUUAAUACGACGUCAAAAAAAGUGCAACAGAAUGGUUGAAAGCGACCCGAACGCCUGGUCCCUAGAGGACACACUCAGAGUGUUGAUAGCGUCCGACAUUCACCUGGGCCACUUGGAAAAUGACGCGAUUCGCGGCGAAGAUAGCUUCAUUGCGUUUGAAGAAGUUUUAUCAUUGGCAGUGCAGUAUGACGUCGACCUGGUGUUACUGGGCGGCGACUUGUUCGAUCAGGCCAAGCCCACGCCCAGUUGUAUGUUCAAAUGCACGGAAAUCAUCCGAAAAUAUUGCUUCGGUGAUAAACCAGUCGGCGUCGAAUUGCUAUCAGACCAACUGGAAAACUUUGCGAGAGUCGUUAACUACGAGGAUCCAAAUCUAAAUGUAUCGUAUCCCAUACUUUCCAUACAUGGAAAUCACGAUGAUCCGGUAGGACAAGGAAGCAUCAGUUCUCUAGACAUCCUGUCCAUCACAGGGCUGGUGAACUACUUCGGUAAGUGGACUGACUACACCCACGUGCGCAUAUCUCCGGUGCUCUUGCAGAAAGGAAGCACAAGACUCGCACUCUAUGGGCUCAGCCACCUGAAAGAUCAGAGACUGUCACGUUUGUUUGCUGAAAAAAAAGUUGAAAUGGAACGACCGGAUGAAACACUUGAUUGGUUCAAUUUGUUGGUACUGCAUCAGAACAGAGCAGAUCGUGGUCCAGGCAAUUACAUCAGUGAGGAGGUGCUGCCCAAGUUCCUAGACCUUGUUGUGUGGGGUCAUGAGCAUGAUUGCCACUUGUAUGGUAUGAAAGGAAACAAAAGAGAAAAUGAUAGUUUCUCAGUGAUUCAGCCAGGCAGCACUGUUGCCACAUCCUUGGCUGCCGGAGAGGCGCUGCCCAAACAUUGUGGACUAUUGCAGAUACACAAGGGUGACUACUCAGUGAAGCCACUGCCUUUGCAGACUGUUCGGCCGUUUAUAUUUAAAACUAUAGUUAUCUCAGAAGAAAAUUUGGGUGAUGAAGGAGUGAAUGAGAAUGAGAAAAUACAGGAAUUUCUUAAAGAACGUGUCAAUCAAGCCAUCGAAGAAGCAUCCAAAAUGCGAAGUGGUCAUGAAAAGCAACCUGAGUUGCCACUCAUCAGGCUUAGUGUUUUUUAUGAAAGAGAGAGUCAAGACUUUAAUAGGAUGCGCUUCGGACAAAACUUUAACGGUCUCGUGGCUAACCCCAAUGACUUGUUGGUUAUGAAACGAGAAAAAAAAGUUCGCGAGAAGAAAGAGCGCGCACCCGACGAGGAGGCAGACAUGACAGGGGUCGCUGCAGCUGCCGCUGAUGUGGAGUCGCUGCUCCGCUCGUACUACGAGGCGCAGCCGCGCGACAAGCGGCUCAGCGUGCUGUCCGUGCGCAUUGUCACUGAAGCCGUGCGCGAGUUCACGCUUAAACACAACGACGAGGCGCUGCGGCGCGCCUUCGAUGCACACAAGCGCCGCUGCAUCGCCGCGCUCAUGGACUCUACUGCUGAGACCGAGGAAGAAAUCGUCGAACGGCUGCGCACCUGCAAGCAGGAGCUCGACGCCGCCGACGACGAUCAGCUGCACACACUGGUUGACACGAGCGUUCGGCCCGCCGCGCCUGCCGCGCAACUCAUCGUGCCCGUGGUGAAGCUCAGCGCUCCGCUUGCUAAGCGCACCAUCGUGGUCGUCUCUAGCGACGAAGAGGAGCCGCCGACGCGCGGCCGCGGAAGGGGCUCACGCGGCCGAGGGGCCCGAGCGGCGCGUUCCCCGCGAGGGGCUCGCGGCGCCGCGACGGGGGCGGGGGCGCGCACGCGCGGCCGCCGCUCGGAUCCGGACCCGGCGCCGGCGCCGUCGCCGCCAGAACGACGCACGCCUCGCCGCUCAGCCGCACAGAAGUCUGCCUCAUGGCUGCAAAGUUUUGCCAACUCGAGUCGUCGACGCGGCUCAUCUGACAUCGAGGAUGACUCAGAGUGAUGGCCGGCUCCGCAGCUACCAUCGUUUUGGAGUUGCAGUCGCCAUGUUUCUCGAAUACAAAUUGUUCUAAGCUAUUCUGUUACUGUAUUUUGUAAUGUCAGAUAAUAAAUGAAAGAUUUAUCAUUAA